AUGACAAAUCUAGCAGAAUCGCAACUGACGGUUGUCCUUACGGGAUUCGGUCCAUUCGGAUUCUUCGACAAUAAUCCCAGUGAAGAAGUGGUACGGCUGCUUGCCAAAGACGGUAUCAAGGAUAUCCAAUCAAAUACCAGGAUCAUUGUUAAGGUGAUGCCAGUAGCAUAUGAUGAUGUGCAUAACAUAGUGUCUGAACUCUGGCAGAAAUAUCGUCCUGAUCUUGUUGUACAUUUGGGUGUUCAUUCCGUGAGUCAUUCCAUUAGGAUCGAAACAAGAAGCUGUGGUAUCGGUUAUUGUCAAAAUGAUGUCAAAUCAAAAACACCCGAAGACUACAGGUGUCCACUGGUUAAUCAUUCUUCUAGUGAGGUGGAAAAUAUCAUAUGCACUGGAUUAGAUUGUAUGAAACUUGUAGAAGCACUGAGGAUGGAAUUUGCUGGAGAAAGUUUGCAGUUUGAAUUGUCCGAUGAUCCAGGAAG